UGACUGUAGGUCUUUGAAGAUCGAAAUUUCUGGGUUCUUUCAAAUGCAUCGGUGGUGGUGACUUGCGAGAAACGAAAACUGAACCGAAUCAGAGAGAGAAAACCUAGAGAGAGAGAUAGCGUGAGAGGAGAGUUUGAUAGAAACAGAGUUUUAGAGAGAGAGAGAGAGAAUGGUGCUAUGGGAGAUCACAUUGGGAACGGCUUAUUUCUUGGGUCUGAAACGAACUUACAGGCUUGCUCUGAAGAUUCAACGUCGUCUUAUUAGCCCUAAGCGUCCAAAGAUCCGCCAAUUUGUUCAGGGACGAACACGUGCUAUAUUUGAUGUGGCCCUCAGGGUUCACCAGGGCAUACAAGAAAGAGACAUUGAAGUCGGUCGCAAUCUUGGCAACUGGAUUCUGCGGUGGCUAGACAAGAUGAAACCAUCGGCUCAGAUCCGUGGUAUUUCCCCUGGUAAACCGCCUUCAGGUGGUCAUGUAAACGCAGACAUGACAAAGCAGUUCACCAAAUCCUCUCACCAGAAAACUAGAGGGGAAUUUCAGAAGUUCAGUGGAAAAAGCAUCGAUCGAGAAUCUGAUAGGCAUCUAUUUACCUCAUCGAGGCGUUCAUUGCCCGAUUCUUUCCCCUCCGUUGCAAUGAUGAUGAGGCCAGCAAAGCCAUCUGGAACUAACAUCCAGUAUAGGCAAAUGUCAAUCUGUGGCCCCGAGACAUCGAGAUUGAACUAUGGAAGACCAGGCUUUCAGGGAGUGAUCCGGAAGGACAUCAUGCAGUGGAUGCUACUGAAUUAGUAGAUGGGAUUUUAUUUGGUACUCUUUGCUUUUUCUUUUUCCAUUUUAUGUUAUCGAGAUCAGAAGUGGCGUGGUCAAAUUUUGGAAGAUGCAGAUCUAAGGGACUAAGUUGAAAAGGACAUAAUGUUGUUGGAUGCCCCAAAAAUGUUGUAGGAUGCCUUUUCUGGCUUUGUUUCUUGUUUAUUUUCUUCAGAUUGUGCAUACUUUAAACCUUCUGCUUUUUCUCUGAUGUUUUUUUUGCCUUUUCUUUUGAGCUUACUUUGCUAGAACUAUCAAUAACCAGAGAUCACACAUAUGAUUUCAUUGUUAAUUUUUUUUUUUUUUUUUUUUUU